ACCGGAGGAGUUGAGACCUGUUCUGUUCGGCGCUAACCUGAUUGCUCUGUCGAAGAAAGAUGGUGGUGUUCGUCCGAUUGCUGUGGGAAAUGUAAUACGAAGACUUGCAGCCAAGAUUGUCACGAAGCGUUGUGGGAAAAAAGCGAAUGAACUAUUCACUCCCACACAAGUUGGAUGUGGUACACGCGGCGGAGCAGAAGCAGCUGUACAUGCAGUCCGAAGUUUCAUUCAAGAGGAGCACGACGGCCUACGAGUUUUGUUUAAAAUAGACUACAGAAAUGCUUUUAACACUGUCCGUCGUGACAUUAUGUUACAGUGUGUCCUACAACACUUCCCGGAAUACUAUCCGUUCGUUUUGAGUGCAUAUGGAGCGCCGUCUGUCCUCUCGUGCAGCGGCAGUGAUGAGGAUUUGUCAUCCGCCACGGGGAUCCAGCAGGGCGAUCCGAUGGGACCACUGCUUUACUGCCUCGUCUCUCUUCUAUUCUGUAUAAAUCUGUGUUCAAGGUUGAAGGUGUUUUUCUUGGACGACGGUGCCCUGGGAGGUACGGUGGAAGAAGUUGCCGAAGAUUUGGUAUCAAUCAUCACCGCCAGCAGCGCCGCUGGACUACAACUGAACCCCGCGAAGUGCGAAAUGUUGCUCAUUGGUGGAAGUGUUGAAGAACGCGAGGUGGCCAAGAACAGGCUGCACUCAAUUGCUCCCGGUGCGAUUGUUUUGCAGCCUGAAACGGUAACGUUUCUUGGUGCACCAUUAACUGACGAGGCGAUAACUCACUCACUGCAACAGAAAAUUGCUUCGCUAAAAAUUUUUGCAGAUCGUUUGCGAUUACUGAGCGCACAUCAUGGAUUUUAUCUUUUGCGGAACUGUCUGUCCAUCCCGAAGCUCAUGUACACGCUACGGUGUAGCCCCUGUUGGAAGGUACCUGAACUGUUGGACGAGUUCGAUGGUCACGUUAAAGAAGUCCUGGAAGAAAUAACCAACACCGAACUGGACGGACAAGUUUAUACGCAGGCUACACUCCCUGUUGCCAAAGGGGGUUUGGGUGUGCGACGAGCGAAAGCGUUGGCUCCUUCAGCCUUUUUGGCUUCCAUGUUUUCGACCCGUCAGCUAACAUCACGGAUCUACAAUGGCGAUACGGAGAAGUUAGUCAAUGCUGCAUGUGAAUGCUGGAAGCGAGAGUCCGCCUGUGAAGAGUUACCCCUGGAUUUGGCACGCGUUCACCAGUGUUAACCCAUCACUGAUGGGAUAAUGCUGUUAUACAAAGGGACGUCACUGAGAUAUGGAGCAAAGCCGGAGGCAGUAAGCAAGACGAAGCACGGUUGAGAGCUAUCAGCACGAAGUAUGCCGGGGCUUGGCUUAACGCUCUUCCCGCAAAAGUGUUCGGCAAUUUUUUGGACGAUCAGACUUUUCGAAUUUCCGUUGGCUUGUGGCUUGGCGCUAAAAUUGUCGAGUGUCAUUCGUGUGCCAGAUGUGGAAAAGAUGUAGCAGAGAACGGAUACCAUGGGCUGGCCUGUAAGAAGUGCAUUGGUAGAAGGGAACGACAUAACGGUAUUAACGAUAUUAUCUUGCGAGCGCUAUGUAAUGCCGGGAUUGAAUCGUAUCCAGAGCCUAUUGGCUUUUUGCGCGAAAAUGGAAAGCGUCCGGAUGGAGCCACGCGCUGGAAGUGGUACCGCGGGCAGCCUUUAGUAUGGGACGUGACCUGUAGAGAUACGAUGGCGGAUUCGUAUGUCGACGCGACCUCAAAGUGUGCCGGUGCGGCCGCUGAGCUGGCUUCCAAGGAGAAGAUUGGGAAAUACAAGUCUCUCACUGAUCGAUGUCAUUUUGUCGCCUUUGCAUGCGAGACUUUUGGCACUUGGUGUGAGACUGGCAUUGUUACCUUAAAGGAGAUUGGAAAGAAACUGUAUUUGAGAACGGGCGAGAGUCGCUCGACUUGUUUUUUGUUUCAACGUUUAAGUUUGGAGAUUAUGCGUGGUAAUGCUAUGAGUGUAUUGUGCACAGUCCCUUCUCAUGUAAAUUGGGACAAAUUCUUCAUUUGAAUAUAAUUGUUGAGCGAAGCUCGCUUUGUACAUAUUGAGAAAUAAAAUCCAUAUUUUAAA